CUUAAGGCAGAUGUUGAUUGAUAAUAUUCAUGUUAUUUUGGCAGACUGAUUUUAGUUUCAAGUUCUUGAUAUAGUUUAUCUAUCCAUUCAAAACGGCAUCAACACUUUAUUGAAUUGAAAGUCAGUUUAAGCAUUUUAUUGCCUAUUAGCGCAGCGCGACAUUAACCCGCUGAGCUCAUUGAUGCGGAAAAGAGAACGAACAUGUGGCGUCAUUAAGGGCUAUUCACGCUGAUGAUCCUGAACUUUGGAAGCCAUGUGACCAGCCGCUGUGCUGACACACUCAGAAUCCAUGCGUGGAGGUGGACCAUGCCGGUGGGCGUCCGGCAGUCUGACCCACCGACUCUUCCCUCCAGCUCACGCUCACUACAGAAGCUGGUGUUUUCAGGCAUGUGGUGUGUUUGCUCCUCUCUCUCCCUCUCUCUCUCUCUCUCUCUCUCUGUCAAUACACUCAACCUUAAAAGGCUAUUUGCGGCGCCGUCUAAUGGCGGCCGAUCCACCAAACCCUCCUCGCGUGCCACGGUGUCCACGCCAGCGGCCUGUUGCGCGUGUCUGUUGCACGCUUGGUCCCACAUUGGCGCCGCUGGCAUAUGACAGGACAGGACCCCAGAUAACCGAGGGAAGGGCUUGAAUCUCCGGUCUCACUCCAACGACUUUUCACUGAAAUUUGCUUAUUGAAACACUUAAACACUAAUUCGCUCAAAAAGCGCCGAACCCGAACGAUGGCGUCCCACAGCCCCGUAGCGACGCAGGAGGCGACCAACGGCGGCCCUCCGCCUCUCAAGCCCGGCGGCUCCCAGGAGUCCAUGAAGCUGAAGAAGGAGAUCUCGCUGGUCAACGGCGUGUGCCUGAUCGUGGGCAACAUGAUCGGCUCCGGCAUCUUCGUCUCGCCCAAGGGCGUCCUCAUCCACAGCGCCUCCUACGGCCUCUCGCUGGUGGUGUGGACCAUCGGCGGCAUCUUCUCCGUGUUCGGCGCCCUGUGCUACGCGGAGCUGGGCACCACCAUCACCAAGUCGGGGGCGUCCUACGCCUACAUCCUGGAGGCCUUCGGCGGCUUCCUGGCCUUCAUCCGGCUGUGGACGUCGCUGCUGAUCAUCGAGCCGACCAGCCAGGCCGUCAUCGCCAUCACCUUCUCCAACUACAUGAUGCAGCCCAUCUUCCCCACCUGCGUGGCUCCGUACCUGGCCAACCGGCUGCUGGCCGCCGCCUGCAUAUGCCUGCUGACCUUUGUGAACUGCGCUUAUGUGAAGUGGGGAACCAGAGUGCAGGACAUCUUCACCUAUGCUAAAGUCAUAGCGCUCAUCGCCGUCAUCAUCACUGGCCUGGUCAAAAUAGGACAAGGUCACACUCAAAACUUCGAGGGCUUGUUUGAAGGCUCGUCUCAGGAUCCAGGUAACAUCGCUCUGGCCUUGUACUCGGCUCUGUUCUCCUACUCGGGAUGGGACACACUCAACUUCGUCACAGAGGAAAUCAAGAACCCAGAGAGGAACCUGCCACUGGCCAUCGCCAUCUCCAUGCCUGUGGUCACAGUGAUCUACAUCCUGACCAACGUGGCUUACUACACCAUCCUCCCCAUCAACGCCAUCCUGGACAGUGAGGCUGUAGCUGUGACCUUUGCAGACCAGGUGUUUGGUGUGAUGAACUGGACUAUUCCUCUGGCUGUGGCUCUUUCCUGCUUCGGAGGACUCAACGCCUCCAUCCUGGCUGCUUCCAGGCUGUUCUUCGUGGGCUCCAGAGAAGGUCACCUGCCCGACUACCUGUGCAUGAUCCACGUCCACCGCUUCACCCCCAUCCCCGCCCUGCUCUUCAACGGCGUCAUGGCGCUGAUCUACCUGUGUGUGGAAGACGUCUUCAGGCUGAUAAACUACUACAGCUUCAGCUACUGGCUCUUUGUGGGCCUGUCCAUUCUGGGGCAGCUGUAUCUGCGCUGGAAGCAGCCGGACAGGAAGCGACCAUUGAAGCUCAGCCUCGUGUACCCCAUCGUCUUCUGCCUGCUCACCGUCUUCCUGGUGGUGGUGCCGCUCUACAGCGACACCAUCAACUCGCUGAUCGGCGUGGGCAUCGCCCUCUCAGGCGUUCCCGUCUACUUCCUCUGCUGCUACACGCCUGCACACAAGAGGCCGCUGUGGCUACGGAGCUUCAUCGCCAAGUCCGGCGUGCUGAUUCAGAAGGUGUGCUACUCUGUUCUGACCGAAAUGGACGAGGACAAAGUUCAGUAGCAACAUUCGUUGUUGACAUCUGGCAGAAGACACACAGACGCACAAACAGAGGCUCAACCUAAACUCCAUCUGGCUCAUGGCUGUCUCACGGACGAACACUCGAGCUGGAACCAUCUCCAACACGUCAAUCAUCACCCUGGUGAUAAUGCUCAUAUACGAAUGAAGGCUGCUGGAUGCCUGGUGGCAGAUGGACUCAAGCUGACUGAGAACAUUUUAAUGCACUCCUGAGAAAAACUGAUUUCAAUACACAACUGUUCAUAAGAUUAUUUAAUUUAUGUUGCAAGACAUAUUGUAAGUGAAAUUACACAAAAGAUAAUUUUGGUUCAUUUAAGUGGACUACGGAAUAUAGAAACUACCUUGAGAUUAUCAUUAUUUAAGGAGAUGAGACCCGUUCAUUGAAGAAAAGGUUUAUACAAAUGUUUUCUACUGUCGGCUGCAAGGUCUAAGAAGUGAAGGGCUAUUUUUAAACAAAUCUACUUUUUUAGGCAGCGUCUGACUUUAAAACACUUUUAAAUACAAAAGAUAUGAGCUGCAAAUGUAUUUAUAAUAAAAUUACU